AUGAAUAUUGAGAGGAAACACAGCGAGUCAGGUAAAGUUGAGAAAUUUGGAAAUGGAGAAACCAGUAAGGAGGGGAAAGAUGAUUCAAGAACAAGGAGAGCUAUGGGAAGGGUGGGAUAUGGAGUCGAGAAAGAAUCGCUGAGUGACGAGCUCGAGAUAGUUGAGAGUGAAGAGGAUAACAUGACACUUUCCCAAAUGAAGGUUUUGGCGAAAAGGAUGAAAAGGGGAGUCGAGGAAAAUUUGACAGUGAAAGAGAAGGCGGCAGAAAGCGAGAAGGGAGAGGAGAACAAUGAGGAAACAAAUGAGAAGACUUUGAAGGUUUAUACACGGAGAGUCCGGAAGGACCGUGAUGCUGUAAUUAUAGACACAGGUACAUCAGAAAAGGAUGAUUUAGAGGUUUUGCUAGAGGGGGAAAACAUGAGACAGAAUGAAACCGAAACGGGUGGCAAGAGAGAGAAGAGGGAAAGGCGACGGGUUUCCAAGUACGCGAAUCACAAACCCAAGAAUGUGGGGAAUUUGAAAAAUCAAGCGGAUUUAGAGAUUGAGAGGCUCAUGGCCAGAAAGAACGGCAAUCUUGAGAUAAUGCCGGUGGAGGAUUCGGAUUUUCACGAUUUUGACCGGGAUAGAAAAGGAAGGAGCUUCCAGAAAGGGCAGGUGUGGGCUGUAUAUGACGAUGAUGACGGGAUGCCGAGGCACUAUGCAUUGAUCGAGAAAAUAAUCUCUGGAAACCCUUUCGAGGUGAAUCUGAGCUGGUUGCUGUUUCAGACCAAGGGCAAUGAGAACAUAAACCGGAGGAAAACGAGACUGCACGUCUCGUGCGGGAGCUUUGAGGUUUCUAGGAGAGUCUCCGUUAAGUAUCUGAAAUUAUUUUCUCACGCUGUGAACUGUGAACGGGCAGCUAGGGAGGUGUACCGGAUUUACCCCUCAAAAGGGUCAGUUUGGGCGCUUUAUGGGAAUAAUGAUGGUAGGGAUAACAGGUGUUAUAAUAUCGUUAUAUGCUUGAGUGGUUACAGUGAGUUAUACGGGUUGAGUGUUGGGUACCUCGAGAAGGUGCCUGGUUUUAGGACGGUUUUCAAGAGAAAGGAAAUUGGGGCGAAUGGGGUCGUUAAUCUUGGCAAAAAUGAUGUUAAGCUGUUUUCGCAUCAGAUUCCGGCAAAGAAACUGUCGGAAUCAAUAUUCUCUUUUUAUGAGGCGGUGGCUUCAUUUGAGAUAAGUACCAUUGCCACCGCCCUGCCCUUUCUCUUAUCUCCUUAG